AUGCACUGUGGAGUGUGCCAGUAUCAGCUGAACAUUUUCCUCACAAGAAGAAAUCUAGAGGACAAGGGGAAAGAAGAAGAAGUGGCCAGCUCUCAGGGACUCCUGACCUUCAGGGAUGUGGCCAUAGAAUUAUCUCAGGAGGAAUGGGGAUGCUUGAACCACAGUCAGCGGGAGCUGUACAGGGGUGUGAUGUUAGAGACCUAUGGACACCUCCUCUUCUUGGGUCUCAUUGUGUCAAAACCAGACCUGGCCAUCGUUUUGGAGCAAGAGGAGGAGCUGUGGGGUGUGAAGAGAAAGGAGACAGUAGCCUCACACUCAGGUAGGUGGGAGUGAAGCACAUGACACAGGUGAGGUCCCAAUGUGAAGGAGGAAGAUAGAUCUUACAGUGUUGUUCAGGUA